GAUAUCAGACAGAGAAGACACACAGACAAUCACACAAGAUUCAAACAUGGGAGGAAAUGUGGUCAAACCAGAAUGUGUUACAGUUCUGGGUGAUAAAAAUGUUAGAAGUGGAGGAACAGUUACUCUUCGAUGUGAGGCAAACACAGAAUAUGUAACGGCAACGUGGGAAAAAGACGGGAGUAAAUUGUUAUAUGUGGAGGGCAAACACAAAGUGAAACCAUUAGGUAAAACAUUUACUUUGGAAAUUUCAAAUGCUGAUGAGACUGAUGAAGGGAAAUACACUUUAACCCUCAGCAAUGAUAAGGGAUCUGCAUCAUGUUCCGCUUUCAUCAGAGUCGAAAUGAAGAAAUGGAGAGAAGUGCGAUGGCAGAGUCAAGCUGAAAUGUUGAAUAAUAUCAAGACAUUUAACAUUUGUAAUGAAGUUGAAGAGCUCCACUUCCUCUUGUAUGGACCAGUUGGAGCAGGAAAAUCCAGCACCAUAAACACCAUCAAAAGCAUCUUUGAAGGACGUCUGUUUGUAAACUGCCAGGCUGCUGCAGGAUCUACUACGAGUCACACUCUCUCUUUUGAAAGUUUCAGACUUGAAGAUGAAGAAGGAUCGUUUCCUUUUGCCUUCUAUGAUGUAAUGGGUGCAGAAGCAGAAGCAAAAGCUGGUGUGAACACUCAAGACAUCAUCAGUGCUUUAAAAGGUCACAUGAAAGAGGGCUACAAGUUCAACUCUAAUGGGCCGUUGUCUGAAAAAGACGGUAGUUUUUACAAUCGAAAUCCCAGCCUGGGUGAUCAGAUGCACUGCCUGGUGAACGUCAUAGCAGCUGACAAGAUUUCACUGAUGAACAAUGAAUUUAUCAAAAAAUGGAAGACUAUCAGAGAAACAGCGACCAGUAUGGGAAUUCCUCAGGUGGUUUUCAUGACGAGAGCAGACUGUGAAUGUAAAAUAACAAAGGAGAAUUUGCAAAACAUCUACAAAAGCAAAAAGAUCCGAGAUAAAAUAAUUCAGUGCAGUAAUCUACUGGGUGUACCAGUGAACCUCGUCUUCCCUGUAGUGAACUAUCAUCAGGAGACCGACGUGAACACGGAUAUAAACUGCCUGAUGCUGGAUGCCUUCAAAAAUAUUGUUUUCUGGGCGAAUGAUUACGUGAAGAAAUGUUCCAACAAGCAAAAUUCACAUCAGCAACCCAAAAUAGAAUAAAGAAAUUUCACAGAAAAUAUGAAAAGCAGUGUAACACACAAUCUGAACAUUGUAAUGGAUAUUUAUUACUCAAAUCUAUUACCUUUUUAAUCGAGUAAAUAUGAUUUUUUUUAAAGAAAAAGAAGUUUAAUGAUACACAUAUACAGAUAUCAUUCCUGCUUUAUAUGUAGAUGUAAAAUUCAGUCCUGAAGAUUUAAAGUUUUUACAUUGUAUUUGUACAGAGUUACAGAGUUGAUUUAUUGUAGAACAUCAGGGAAACAGACUGAAGUAUCUCAUAUUCUAGAUGUUUAAUAGUGUAAUGUUGAUAUGAAGCUGCAAAAGAAGGAUUCAGAUAUUUUUCAGACAGUUUAUUAAUCGUUUUUCAUAAGACAAAACAAAAAAUCUUCAUGUUUAAAUAAAAGUAUUAAAAUCACCUAAAUGUUAGAUUUAUUUUGUUUUAAACAUAUUUUUUAAAUUAAUAGAUUUUUUGUGAAAUCAUGAAAAUGGAUAAAACAUUACAAUAAAGAGUAGAAAACACAUUUCCUGCUGCAGAUGUUACAGCAGAUGUGAUAUGAAUGAAUUAAAUUAAAUGUUUGUUUCUGCAACACUUUUGCUGAAUUAAAACAAUUCUUCAGUUGACUGAUGAACUCUCGGUUUGAGACAAAUGUGCAGACUGAAUACGAAAAUGAGCCACAACAUUGAGCCACAACCUGUUACAUGUAUAUGUGUAUAAAUUUAGACUAAUAUCAGUUUUUAGUAGUUAUUCCUCUGAAAAACUACGUUCAAAAAACAUCUUUUUAAUGUAUAUUCACUAAGAGAAAAAACCGUCAUAAAAGCUUUGGCCUCUGUUUUUACUGUAAAAACAAAGUGGACCUUUGAACAGUUUACACCAACGUGAGCUGAAAACUAAGAAUAAAGUCAGUUGAAGAAUCGGGUUUUAAUUAAAAAUAAAUG